GCGCCGAUCAUCCGCCAGAGACGCCGACAGCGACGAGGCUCGAGCCCGCGGAAAAGAGUCCAGCAAUCAUGUACGAUGCGGCCAGGGUGCCAUCUCCUAAGGAUGGCGCGAACGGGGUGGCCCAACCCGAGGUCCCCGCGACGGGAGCAGGAGCGGCUGCAGGAUCAGGAGGGCCGACGCCGACUGCCGCGCUGCAGGCUAAAGCUGAGGACGGACAGCCAGGAACGGAGGAAGAGGAGGAGGAGGAGCCCAAAGCAGAGCCAGUCUUGGUGAAGAAGCCGCACAGAGAGAUCUUGGAUCACGAGAGGAAGAGGAGGGUGGAGCUCAAAUGCAUGGAGCUCCAGGAGAUGAUGGAGGAGCAGGGGUACACAGAGGAAGAAAUUCGACAGAAAGUGAGCACAUUCAGACAAAUGCUGAUGGACAAAGAGGGCGUUAUCACCAGAGAGGGCUCACACACACAACCAGUGGUCAACCACCUGCACUACCAGGCUGAUGAGUAUGGAGAGGACCCUGAAGUGGUCGCUUAUGAAGAUGGAGACUAUGACCAUGACUACCACAGUGACAACAGAGUGAAGAGGAAAUCAAGCAGCUCUCCAUCCCCUCGUCCAAAGAAGAGGAAGAAGAAGAAAUCUGGCCGUCGAAGGAGUCGGUUUGGCAGCUCCUCGCCCACUCGCAGAGAGAAAAAGAAAAAGAGUGGGAAGAAACACAAGCGAGACAGAUCUGCAUCUGGCUCCAGGAAAAAGAGAAGAUACAGGUCGGGCAGCCCAAAGAACAAACACAAAGACAAGAACAAACAGAAAAAGAGGUCCCCCGGUGAGACCCCCGGCAGGAGUUCACAGCGUCAAGGCAGCUGCUGCAGCUCCCGAAGCGCCUCCCUGUCCUCCACUCGCAGCGCCUCCAAAUCUCCCACCAGGCUGAACUCCAAGCACAAGACGGACGGACAGAAGGCGUCGGGGACCUCGCUGUCUCCGGGCCCCACCAGUCCCACGGCGUGGCACAACGGGGACCACACCCAGCGAAGCCGCAACGGCAAGGCGGGCAGACUCAACCACGCCGAGGGCGAGAAAGGGAACGAUAAGCUCCGUCUGCUGACCGCGAGCUCUGCCAGCAUCCAGUCCACUCUGCUGAGAGAGCACAAGCUCCACAGCGCCUCCAGCAGGAGCCAAACGGGACAGAUGUGCGCGACGGGAGAGGCUGGGAGUGUGGACGGCAGGAACACAGCUGUAGGGAGCUCGGCAACCCAGACGUCGGGGAGGAGAGGGGGCCAGAGAGGCCAGAAUAAGAGCUCCCACUCCCCCGCUCACAGCAGCGACUCGGCCCACUCCCAGCACAACCACGCUCACAGGGGGAGGAACUCUCGUCACCAGAGAAAGACAAAAGGCGGCCACUCUUCCAAGCGUCACCACCGCUCCGGUCGGGGUCAGGCGCACCAGCGGAGCCAGUCGGCGUCUCCGGGACGACACUCUCACACAUCGGGCAGGAAGGCAGAGGAGUCUCGGAGCAAAGCGAACCUCCGGCAGCGCAGCAGCUCCUUCAGCAGCGGCCGGUCGUCCUCACGCUCGGCCUCCAGAGACAGAGGCCCCAGCAAGGCCAAGUCCCCACACAACAGACAGAAUAACUCCAGAGAGAGGGACAGCCCAAACCGCUCCGACACCGACAGCCGAGCCCGGCGCCGCUCACGCAGCUACUCGCCCAUCCGCAAGAGAAGAAGAGAUUCGCCCAGCUUCAUGGAGGCUCGCAGGAUCACCAGCGCCCGGAAGCGUCCCAUCCCCUACUACCGGCCCAGCCCUUCGUCGUCCAGCUACGACAGCAGCCCGUCGAGGUCCAGCCGCAGCCGUAGCCGCAGCUACAGCAGCUACAGCCGCAGCCGGAGCCACAGCCGGAGUCACAGCCGGAGCCGGAGCCGGAGCCGGAGCCGGAGCUGGAGUCGAAGCCGCAGCCAGAGCCGGAGCUGGAGCCGCAGCAGGAGCCGCUCCCGCAGCCACCACAGCUACUACAGCCGCAGCAGCUACGACAGCCCCGGCUUCUGA